AUGCCAUCCGACGCAGCAGCCAGCACCGGCCUGCCCACGCCGUGGACUGUCAGGUACAGCAAGUCCAAGAAAAGAGAGUACUUCUUCAACCCGGACACGAAGCACUCGCAGUGGGAGGAGCCCGAGGGUACGGAUAAGGAACAGCUGCACGAGUAUCUGAAAGACCACCCAAUGCGUGUAAGGUGUCUGCACAUCCUCAUCAAGCACCAGGACUCGAGAAGACCUGCUUCGCACCGGUCCGAGAACAUCACCAUAUCCAAGCAAGAGGCCACGGACGAGCUAAAGACCCUGGUCACGAGGCUGGACGACGCUUCCAAGACCAACUCCUUCGAGGCGCUGGCUAAGGAGAGGUCCGACUGCUCUUCGUACAAGAGGGGCGGCGACCUGGGCUGGUUCGGCAGGGGCGAGAUGCAGCCCAGUUUCGAGGACGCCGCCUUCAAGCUCAAGGUCGGAGAAGUGAGCGACAUUGUCGAGUCGGGCAGCGGUGUCCAUGUAAUCAAGCGUGUGGGUUAG